CGCGCCGCCGCAGUGCGCAGAGCAGGGCUGGUCCUCGCCAGCCACGCACGGGAGGGGCGCGCUCCGGGGCCGGCACCCUUCCCAGCGCGGUGCCCGUCCCGCAUCCUCCUCCUGGUCCCCUCCCGUCGCCGACUGCAGCCCCGGGCCCCGCCAUGGGGAAUGUGCCAUCCGCGGUGAAGCACUGCCUCAGCUACCAGCAGCUUCUCCGGGAGCAUCUCUGGAUCGGGGAUUCAGUGGCAGGGACGCUCGACCCCGCGCAGGAAUCAUCUCAGUUAUCUGGACUCCCUGAGUAUGUUAAAAUAGUAGAAGUUGGACCUAGAGAUGGAUUGCAGAAUGAAAAGGUUAUAGUUCCUACAGAUAUAAAAAUUGAAUUUAUCAAUCAACUUUCCCAAACUGGCUUGUCUGUAAUAGAAGUAACCAGCUUUGUGUCUUCCAGAUGGGUACCACAGAUGGCCGAUCACAGUGAAGUGAUGAGAGGCAUUCAUCAAUAUCCAGGAGUUCGAUAUCCUGUCCUUACUCCUAAUCUUCAGGGUUUUCACCGUGCCGUUGCAGCUGGAGCUACUGAGAUAUCAGUUUUUGGAGCUGCAUCUGAAUCCUUUAGCAAGAAGAAUAUUAACUGUUCCAUUGAAGAAAGUAUGGGAAAGUUUGAAGAGGUCGUUAAGUCUGCAAAACAUAUGAAUAUUCCAGUACGAGGGUAUGUGUCUUGUGCCCUGGGCUGUCCGUAUGAAGGAAGCAUUACACCGCAAAAAGUGACAGAAGUGUCUAAGAGAUUAUAUGGCAUGGGCUGUUAUGAGAUCUCUCUGGGAGACACAAUUGGAGUGGGAACUCCAGGAAGCAUGAAAAGAAUGUUGGAAAGUGUCAUGAAAGAAAUCCCUUCAGGUGCUCUUGCUGUUCACUGUCAUGAUACAUACGGACAAGCCUUAGCAAAUAUCCUUAUGGCCCUUCAGAUGGGAAUUAACGUAGUCGACUCUGCAGUAUCCGGAUUAGGUGGUUGCCCUUAUGCAAAAGGUGCUUCUGGGAAUGUAGCCACGGAGGAUUUGGUAUAUAUGCUUAAUGGCCUGGGUCUCAAUACAGGUGUGAAUCUUUACAAAGUGAUGGAAGCUGGUGACUUUAUCUGCAAAGCUGUGAAUAAAACCACAAACUCAAAAGUAGCACAAGCCUCCUUCAAUGCUUGACUUGAAUGGAUUUAUGACUUAAGGUUGAGAAGAUCCAUUUCAGCUACAUAUAUUCAUCUGAAAAUCAUUAAUGUUAACUUGUUCUGAAAUGUGAAGCAAUAGACAAGAGUGGGGGGAAAAGAUACUUUAAAAAAGAUUAUAACUGGAAAGAUUAUGAAGUCGACAGAAAGAAAUACCAGUCAUCAGGUAAAUUGCAAGCUGAGGAUGAAUAAUGAAACUUGUAGGCACGCUUUUGAACUUGGAAAAAAGUCUAUUCUUUUGCUUUUAUAGAAAUAACUUUUUAAUUCAGUAGAGGUGAAAAUUGACUUCAGAUUUCCCUAAGUAUCAAAUACUGUGUUAAUACUUAAUCAAGCUGGCUUAGCACAGUGUAUGUAUUGUCAGUAGUUUAUGAGCUCCUGCACAGAGUACAGAAUGUGUGGCCUCGAUAUUAUGCGUUAUGCCUCUGGAUCUCAACUUUCCAUUUGCCAAGUCAGUUAAGUUAUGGACCAAGAGCCAAAUCUCCGUUUGACCCUACAUAAUUUUCAGCAACAGAACUUUUUAUAUUUCAAAUAUGGCUAACAUCUGUUAACUAUUUCAAUGACUUUAUCUUAUUCCAAGAGACUGUGGUCAAUGGCAAAAUGCCAUAUCCUGGAAACAUAUUAUGACCUCCCAUGUUUGUUACAUGCAUCCAGUUUACCAUACUUUACCUUUCAUCGGUUACAGUAAAACUCAUUGUGGUGUUGCUCAACUAUUGAGAAAUUCUAAGGUAUGAUUUUUGUACUGAUAUCUAAGUUGCAGUGAUGAGAAUAGGUUGAUAUGUGUACCAUAAUCUACUUUUAUAAUUUUCACAUGACUUCCAAAUUUCCAAAGGAAAUAUUAUCGUGAUUCUAAGAAUAUUAAGACAGGUUUUCAAUUAUAAAAUAAGCUCUUUUCCAUUAAUUCAGGGUGCUUUGAUUACAUUACAUUAUUUUUCGGUUGACUUUUUUAAUGGUUAUUUUUAAAGUUGAAGUGGCUGAACUUUAGUCUAUUGUAAUAGAAAGCAUUGCUAGAAAUAGCAAAAAUUAAUAUAUCAAAGAUUAAGAGGUGAGUGGGAGGACUAUGUUAAGAAAAAACAUUUGUGUAACCUAUCCAAAUCAUAUGGGAAUAGCAUCAUUACAGGUGGGUUUGAAAAGUCAGUUUUAUUAUUUAUAUAGACUUCUUCAAAACUGGGUGAUUUUAUCUUUGAAUAAAUUUGAAUAUAAAUUGAAAUAUGAAAGUGAGCAUUGUGAGCUUUCUAGUAAAUAUUUGUUAAAACCAUUGAAAUAAAAAGAAAUUUAAGAAAA